AUGGAACAAAUCGCCCAGCAGUUUACCGACUACUAUUACUCGACCUUUGACGCCGAUCGCUCUCAACUGGGGGCGCUUUAUCGUCCCCAUUCGAUGUUGACCUUUGAAGGCGCACAGACGCAGGGUGCACAGGCAAUUGUUGAGAAACUUGUGGGCCUCCCGUUCCAAAAGGUUCAGCACAAGGUCGACACGCGGGACGCACAGCCCACCGGUGAUGGUCAAAGUCUCGUUGUGCUCGUAACUGGAAUGCUGCUCGUUGACGAUGGGCAGAACCCUCUCAAAUUCAGCCAGUCUUUCACGUUGAUGCCUGAGAAUGGCUCUUUUUAUGUCUUUAACGACAUUUUUCGUCUGAACUACGGUUAA